UAUUUUCUUUUUAGACCGAUUUUGUUUUAUACAUACCACAUUUUUAUCGUUCGCAAUUCUUCUGGUAAUAUUUUUCGAGUUGCGCGUUCGAGCUCGUUUGAUUUGCAAGUCACAAGAGUCAGUCGUACUGUACUAAAUUUUUUUUUCUCUUCAUUUUGUUUUCUGCAUCAGCGCAAAGUUUAAUGAACUCUUGUGUGGCAUCGGAAUUUCUCUCUCUCUCUCUCUCUCUCUCCGUCUCUUUCUGUCUCUCACACACGCUCGACGAAAAAAACCAUCGUAUCGUCAGAGCGCCGAUACUAAUAUUGCUGUGUGCUUUCACAUUGCUUACCAUAUGAGAAUGGUCGAAACUAAAGCAUGAAUAGAAAAAAAUAUUAUGAUGCACAUUCAUGAAAUAAUCUAACAAUCUAAUUGAAUGCAUAUAGAUCAGUGGCCGAGUUGAACGUGGAAAAGAAAUCGUCACGAUUGCCUAUUUCCUGCUUCUUCUUCUUCUUCUGCUUCUUCUUCUUCUUGGUGGAAUGCAAUAUUUUGUAAUUGUGUGCAAUUUUGCAUCGCAAAUCAGCCGAAACCAUAUUUUCAACAAGAAUUUCAUCAACGGCAAAGUACACCAUGAGUGUAUGACAUUUGACUGCGAUUGUUGCCGUUUGUUCUUUUUCCUCUCAUUCUUCUGCCGGUUCAUUUUCAAACUACCGCGCACCAAAUUUCAGCAGCUCCAUCCAGAUCGAAAAAUGUACGCAUCGCAAAUUCGGUUGCCAUCGGCAGCAACAGCAGCAGCAUCAGCAUCAGCAUUCAAAGUGCUCUCUCUGUGACUGUACCGAAAAAGUUAUGCGAUAUACUUAAUGCUCGUGCAAUUUAUAUUAGUUGAGGCUUUGAUUCGAAGCUUUAGCUCGUCUCGUAUUGUAUUGGUUUUUUUUCACUCUUUCCUCGACAAAACUUGUUCCGUUCGGAGGGCGACCAUUUGUGUUCGGCUUGUCGAGAAUAUGUGAGAGAAAAUAAUUCGUAACUUCACUUGAAAAUAUUCUAUGUGCAAUUUGUAUUUGGCAUCGAGCAAGAGAUUCAUAUGUGUCGUAGAACUAUGAAUAAAAAUUCUUGUCCUGUUCGCCAAUUUGCGCUGGUAUUUGUGUGAGUGUGUAGUCGCUGGCUGUGGAGGAUGUAGUAUUAUUUUGCCACUUACACCAUCUAAAAAUCGAUAACGUGAAGAAAAAAUAGAAGAGAAUGGCAGCAGCAGCAGCUCACACAGAACAAUGUUCAAAGCUUGGGCCCAGAGAAUCGGAAGCGACAAUUCCACGAAACGAAGGUUGUUGCGUAGUGCGAAACGAAUCCAGAAUAAAAUGUGCUUGGCAUCAUUAUGAAAGCGUUUGAUUCUCGUCACCCUGUUCUCAUUGCGAAUAAAGUGUAUGUUGCGCGACCAUCGGAACUGAACGCAUCAAAUGAAGCGCAAAGUUCGUCUUUUAAUAAAAAAUUCGACGAAACAACAUUGUGGAUGGCAGUAGCGCCAUCGCGUCAGGAAAUCCAUACAUAUAUUUCAUGUCUGUUUGACUGGUGUGUGUGUGUGUGUUUUUAUAAGCAUAUCUGUGCUUAUUUCGGUGAGCAGGUGUGGUACAGACAAUACACUGUGCUCUUUAUGUUGUUAUUUUUUUGUCUUCUUACAUGAACCGAUUGUUGUUGAAUAUCAAAAUCUCCCGUUGGUCGGGUUCAAAAGACUAUGGCGCGCAGUUGUUGUUCACCUCUUGCUUCAACACACAAAAUUCAAGCGUAUAUUUCUUGGACUCUGCGCAAAAUUCCACAAAUAAAUGACUACUUAAAAACUCCGGAGCACAGCAGUAAUUUCGAAGCACAAGUGUGCUGUGUAUUAUGGAAGAAAAUAUAGCAUUCGGUUGGUCUCGACCGAUAAUUAAGAAGAUAUCACCUGCCCCCGUUGUUUAACCUGCCCGGUCGUCGAUUAUUCAAUUUGCAUUUUCAUUGGCAUUUUAAUGACGUUUUCUUUUGAAACAGAAUAAAAAAAACCUUUGGCACGAGGCGGACAUUUUCAUUUUAGCGUUUUUUGUUUCUCGGUAUGUUUUCUCUUUUAGUUAAUCAAAUGGCACCUCCAUGAAGAUACACGGGAUUUUCCGUCUCCAGAGUAAAUCUUUGCACUGCCAAAGAAAUGAAAUAAGGAAGAUGGAGCGAGAGAGAAAAUCUUGCAUGUGAAAUGAGGACAGCGAAUUAUGUCAUGUAAAAAUCUGUUUACGAAAUCGACCAAUAGGUUUUUGGCGAAUGGCAAGCAGCAAAUUUUGUGGCAAGUGUAAGCCAGUGUAAGUUUGAGUGAAUUUUCUACCGUGGCUGCUGCUGCUGCUGUUGAUGAUGGUUGUUUUUGGUGCGCAGCACAGAGCAGAAAUUCAGCCACAAUUGGCGUGUGUGAGCGAGCUCGGGCAAAAUUUUACAUUUAUGUGGAUUUGAUGUGCUGUACAUGUAUUUUUCACGUCGUAUUCAAUGUGUUUUCUUGACUCGGCUCUCGGUUUAUGCUCAAUAGCUAGCUAGCUCGUCCGUUCUCCACCAUCACUCCGCCACACCGAUUUUACUUGAUUUUCUUUUUCUCUCUCCACUCACUACUUAUCAAACUCCGCAAACGCGCGAUAAAUUCGCAUCAUUUCCUCUCAUAUUGUGUGUGCUUAGUACACAUUGGAUGGCUGUCUUUCGUUGGUUCGUUCAUUCGUUUGUAUGUUCGUUGGUGUUCACUUUUUUUUUCUCUUCGUUGCGCUGGGCAUAUGGAAAUUGGUUUAGUUUAUGUGUAAUAUGUAUAAAUGCUGUUGUUGUCUUUGCCAUCGGUGGCCAUGCAUGUGCGCGCUGCGCGUGUGUAAGUGGUGCUCAGUGUAUGGCAGUGAAAGAGAUUUUCCAUUAACAUUUUACGCUGUUAGAAAAUGUGGCAUAAGUAAGAUGAGUGAAAUGAAACGAGGUGGAGAGAAAUGGCUUCCAUCGAAAAUUCGCUUCUCUUGAUGGCUACGUGAAAAAUAGAGAGAGAGAGAGAGAGAGAUGAAGAGAAAAAAAACACACACGAAAGAAUGAUUAUUUUUUUUCGGUGAGUUGUGCCUGUUGUACGAUGCCAUUCAAAGAUAACAUCUCUCUUUCGUAAAUUUAUUCCGAGUUUUGCACCGCACUCACUUUACUCGGCCUCGGUGCUCAUCCGAUGCGAAAAUGGAAAAUGCAAAUUUUCGUAAUAAAAUGGCUUGGCAUCAACAUCAAUCCAGCUGUAAUAAAAUCAGACAGUUAUUUCGUGACAUUUAAACUGACACAUAAAUCUUGAACAAGCAUUCGUACAAUCACACAAUCAUCAUCAUAUCAUAUCAUAGCCUGUCUAAAUAUUUUCUUUUUUGGUAAUAUCCACACUCACACACAAACACAUACUCGCUCUUUCUGGAAAGAUUGACGAAAAAGAGUCUACGUUAUCGCUUGCAUUGCUUGCUCAAUCGGUGUAAUGUGCAUGGCCAGAAUUCAGCAGCAGCAGCAGCAGCAGCAGUAGAAGAAAAAAAUAUCUGCCGUUUGCUAUUUAUAAACAGGCAUGCAGCCCAUAUUUAAAUCGCACAGAUGAAUUACAAAAAGAGAACCACCACCACUAGCAACACCAAACAAGCAAUAAGAAAUUCAAUUGUGUGAAUGAUUUUCAUUUAUUUAAUUCGUUUGUUGUCGUUUCAUUUUGCUUCGGUUUGCUUUUGUUUCAGUUUUAGCUGUUAGUUUAUUUAAUUUUCCCUCUUAAUGUAUGACACUAGUGAAGCCGCUUAUGUAUUUUAUGUUGGUCUUUCUCUGUCUGCGUGUGUGUGUGUGUGUGUGUGUGUGUGUGUGUGUGUGUGUGUGUGUUUUCGCUCUAUGAAAUUCGGAUAUGUGGUGACGGCCAACAGGCACACACAGCGAAUGAAUAAGAGACAGAGAGCAAUUUUGCGAUUUAGCACCACGAAAUCUUAAAUCAACGAGAGCGUUCAGUACAGACCGAUUUCUUGUUUACUCUGUGCGGCGCACCGUUCGAUUUGUUGCGAAUAAAAAGGUCCGUUUUUAUGGUGCUGUUGAGCGAUAAAGCUGCAAGCAUUUUGUUUAUUGAAUCAUUUGACGGUUCACGACUCUAAAGAUUUCCAACCGUCGAGUAGCAGCAGCAUUGUUGAUCCAUUGAGCUGUACUGUACUGUGCGCUUUUGUAUGUAUGGUACAAGUGUAUGGGAAUCCGUCCGACUCUCUCGAUUACGAGUAUACGUUUGAGUGUUUCUUCAGUGUCGGUUAAUGCUGGUGCGCGUUGCGUGUGCACGUAUUGCGGUUGCUGUGUGUUAACGUGUUAAACAAAACGACCGUAUUUUCUACACACAACAUAAUCAUUGGCCCGUCACUGACAGUCUGUUUUAGUUUGUAUCAAAGUGUAGGUGGGUCAAAACACUGUUUUCUGUGUUUUCAAACAGACGUACAGCUCAACGAAAACCAGUUGACAGCGAUUCGGUGAAUAAAUUGUUUCUUGAUUUUAAGCAGCUCGCUUUCGGACACCAACCAAAAAAAAAAAAGAUAAUUUUAAAUAGCGAGACGAAGAAAAAAAAUAAUCUUUAUACGUACCAAAGUGUUCAACUUAAUAAUAAAAUAAUCGUAGAAAAUUCCUCAUCGAAAGAAACAAAGGGAAAAAACAACGAUUUUUUUUUUCGAAUCGUUUACGCAAAGUCGUUGCCGAAGUGUGAGAAUUGAAAUUGAAAGAAAAAAUAACGAGUUAUAACGUUUCGUCGACUGACGCUUAAUUAGUCGAGUAACUGGAAAAUGUCAUAAUUGAACCCAAUCAAACUGGCACAGCAAAUUGACUCUGAUGUGAUUUUGUGUGAUAAAUGUGUUUCAUGUGAUUCAAUCGAAUUAAAAGAAAACUCAUUCGAAUGAAUAGAGAAAAAAAAAUAAUUCAUCUUUAUCAAUGGAUUACGCUGUUUCCUUGAAUUUAGAGUAAAAGUGUGUGAGCCACAUCGACAGAAAAAGAUGCAUUUACUAUAAACGUGAACACAAAUCCGAGUAAAACAAAAAAAAAUUUGUUCGCCUCAAAAGACGGUUCAUCGGUAGUAAGAAUUCAAGAAAGAAAAUACAAGCACAACGAGCGCGAGAGAGGCCAACAACAACAAUCCAGACUGGCAGAAAAGGAGAAAUAACAUUGAAAAAAGUGUAUAAUUUUUUUUUUCUACAAUCGCUCGUUCGUUCGUAUGUGCGUGAAACAAUUACUUCACGAACAGAUACAAAAGCAAAGAGAACAUCGACUACAGCGACGAUACCCCGGUAUGAAAUAAUAAGUAUGAAACAAAAAGAAAACGCAAAAAUAAAUGUGUUUUAGAAUAUAAAAAAAGAAGUUGAAAACACAAUCAAUUAAGUUGCUAAACGAACAAAAAUAUACGCGAUUCAUCCCCACUCGUCGUGCGACAAGGAACAUCAUCCAAGCCAACCAGAGAGAGAUAUAUGUAAAAAAAACGUUGCCAACAACAAUAUCAGCGACGACGAGAAACAGCAGAGGCAAAAAAAAAAAUUUAUACACACUCGUUAAUAUUUAAAUAUGCGAAUAUAAAAGAGCGAAAAAAAGAGAUUAUUACAAUUUUUGGAAUGAUAUUAAAGUGUGCAACGAGAAUGUAGCAUUUUGGAUAAUGUUGAGCUCAUGCUAUUUAUAUGUGAGUUAUACACACAAUUUAUACAUGUCUGCCGGUACACAGUUGCAGAUGGCACCGCAAACAACAGUAGUUCAAGGCGGUCAACAGACAACAGUUCAUAACCAGGACUCAAAUAUGAGCACUGGAUCCUCUCACAGUGAUAAAGAGGUUGAGUCUGCUGGUACGCCUGAUAAAAUUUCACGGUCAACAUCGGAACGAAAACGUAAACGAAAAGCAUUAGAUGAUAAUAGCGGUGGUGAACGGGGCGGAAGCGACCGAAGUUGCAGCAAUAAUGGCGGCACCGGCGUGAAUGCCGGCUUAGGAACAAAUAAUACAAUUCAACAGCAUCUACAUAAUAGCAAAGGGGCGAGAGUGGUGUUGCCGCCAUUGCCCGAAAAUAAGAAAAUCAAUGACUAUUUUAAGCACACAGGUACUAGCCCGAUUCGGCAACAAGGCACGGGUACGGGCGGUGCAAAGAGUCCAAGUUCACAGCAUGGUUUUCCGAUGUAUGCACCAACCACACUGGUCACCCAGAUGAAUGUGAUCGGGCCGGUGGGUUCACAGGAUUUCUUCAAAAAUCGCAACACUUCCAAUAUCAUUUCAUCAGCGCAAACGAUGCAACAGCAACUGAGCCAAUGCCAACUGCCACCACCGCAACCACAGCAAGCAAAAGUGUCAACGUCCACCCAAACCGAGCUGUCAUAUCUGGAGAUUGAGGAGCGUGACUGUGACUUUGAAUUAAGUAAAUCCAAAGUGGACGAAUUGUCACGAUUGUCCGACGAACAAAAGUUACAGAUCAAUACGCACCAGAAAACAAUCGAUCAGCAUAAGAAUCACAUUAACAAGUGCAUAGAUGUAGUUAAAAAGUUGCUCAUGGAAAAGAGUAACAUUGAAAAGAAGGAGGCGCGACAAAAGUGCAUGCAAAAUAGAUUAAGACUAGGACAAUUUGUAACGCAGCGUGUUGGCGCAACGUUCCAAGAGAAUUGGACUGAUGGCUAUGCGUUCCAAGAGUUGGCGCGACGGCAAGAGGAAAUUGCAGCCGAACGCGAAGAAAUCGAUCGCCAAAAGAAAAUCCUACUGAAAAAACGACCAACGAAUCAAGAAACCGGUCGCAAACGUAACAAUUCCACGACCACGCAACAACAACAGCAGCAAUCAAAUAAUCAAUCGUCAAAUCAAUCGGGCUCCGUUGCGACGAACAAUUUGCAUAACGGCAGCGAUGCCACAUUCUUGAAACCCGACCCAGUAUCCGGUAGCUACACAAUGCAAGAAUACUAUGAGUGUGAUGAAAUUUUGAAGCUGAGACAGAAUACGCUUAAAAAAGAAGAUGCCGAUUUACAAUUAGAAACCGAGAAAUUAGAAAGAGAACGUAAUUUACACAUUAGAGAAUUAAAACGGAUACACAAUGAGGAUCAAUCUCGAUUCAACAAUCAUCCGGUAUUGAACGAUCGGUAUUUGCUGCUGAUGCUCCUGGGUAAAGGUGGAUUUUCCGAAGUACACAAAGCAUUUGACCUAAAGGAACAGCGGUACGUGGCGUGCAAGGUGCAUCAACUCAACAAAGAUUGGAAAGAAGAUAAAAAGGCGAACUACAUUAAGCACGCAUUGAGAGAAUACAACAUACACAAAGCGUUGGAUCAUCCACGAGUGGUCAAACUGUACGAUGUAUUUGAAAUAGACGCAAACUCAUUUUGCACAGUUCUAGAAUAUUGUGAUGGGCACGAUUUAGACUUCUAUUUGAAGCAGCACAAAAUGAUACCAGAACGUGAGGCUAGAUCGAUAAUAAUGCAGGUUGUUUCAGCGCUUAAGUACCUGAACGAAAUCAAACCACCAGUUAUUCACUACGAUCUAAAGCCGGGCAACAUUUUACUCACCGAGGGCAAUGUCUGCGGUGAAAUCAAAAUCACCGAUUUCGGUUUAUCCAAAGUGAUGGACGAAGAGAACUACAACCCGGAUCAUGGUAUGGAUUUAACAUCACAAGGCGCUGGAACGUACUGGUACCUACCACCGGAAUGUUUUGUCGUUGGUAAAAAUCCACCAAAAAUUUCCUCAAAAGUUGAUGUUUGGAGCGUAGGCGUAAUAUUCUAUCAAUGUUUGUAUGGAAAAAAGCCAUUCGGUCAUAAUCAAUCUCAAGCAACAAUUCUAGAAGAAAACACAAUAUUGAAAGCGACCGAGGUGCAGUUUUCAAACAAACCCACAGUAUCGAAUGAAGCAAAGAGUUUUAUUCGAGGCUGUUUGGCGUAUCGUAAAGAAGAUCGAAUGGAUGUAUUUGGAUUGUCACGGCAUGAAUAUUUGCAACCUCCGGUGCCGAAGCAUGGACGACAGCAGCAAUCGACUGGCAGUGGUGGCAGUGGUGGCAGCGGUUCAAAUCCAAAUAGUGGCAAUAAUCAACAAAGUGGUAGCUCACAGCAAAAUCAGCCCGCAUCAUUUUCGGCCGGACUCUUUGGUAAUAUGAAUCAAUCGAGUUCAUCUUAGCUGUUCAUCUAGCAUUCAAAUUCAUAGACUUAACAAGAUACUAAAAGCAAAGAAGAUGCAAACGAAACGCGGAUGCACGAAAAGAAGUCGAAUGACAAAAAAAACGUGGACACGAAGAAUGAAAUAAGAGAAUGCAAAAGAAAUGAAGAGGAGAACACAUGAAAACAAAUUUCCGAUUUUAGUGACAUAAAAAUAAAUAAUUUAAAUAAUUAAAAAUUAAAAUUAAAUAAUCAUAUUUAAAACAUAAACACUUCAUGAGAAGAAAAAAAGCAAGCGGAGAAAGAAAGAACAACAACAACAACACCGAUAAAUGCGAAGGCAUGAAAAAGAGAAGCAACAUGAUCGAUGAGAAAAACAAAUAUUUUAAAUUUAUUAUACUUAUUAUGAUAAAAAAAGAAGAAGCAAAAGAUGAUGAGAAGGGUUGAAAUCAAACCAAGUCGAGAUAAACAAACAAAAUAGAGCAGAAAGUGUGCGAUGAAUGGAAAAUGGUGGUUGAAAAUGUAUUAAAACCAAACAACAACAUUUUUGUUAGGCGCAUCAAUAAUAUAUCAUGUGAAAACAGAAAGAAACGACAGAAUGAAGCAUAACAAAAGAAAAAUAGAAAAAACACCACUCUCGGUCGAAUGAUAAAAACCAAAACAGUACAUUCAUUAACGAAAGACGUACAUAUUUAUAAAUUGUACGACAUGUUAUUCGUAAUCAUAGCUACAAUGAUGUUUUUUUUUUUAAUAAAAGAAUGACCCGGAAGAGAAAGAAGAAAAAACACACACAUACAAAAGUGAGACAACUGUAAUUUAUACAAUAAUCUGAAAUCUUUGUUAUAAAAAGUGGAAAAAACGAAUCGAAAAAAAAAGAUUAACAAAAAAUAAAGCAAGUAAUAAAUUAUAUGUAUAUUCAUAUCAAACAUUA